CUCACUUUUCGGAAGAUCCCACUUCACUAUAGACGCAGUGGUCGGCGGAAGCAGUUCGCAAGUCUCCGGUUUUCCGCUCCAAUCCGGCACGCGCUUACGGCUUUGUUAGUUAGUUUUCGCAACCGUCGGCGAGGCAUGUGAUAUGAGAAAAGCCCUUAUGCUAGUGGAAACCCAACGGCAGACUAACGAUAGCUGAACAAAGAUAUUACAAAUAAAUUAACCACAAUAUAUUAUUAAAAAGCAACAAUCAUGAGUGACCAAGCCAAGGAGAUCGAGGCUCUGCCGCCCACUGUGCAGGACUUCAAGGCCCCCGAUCUGCCGGACAACAAGCCAGUGCUCUUCUUCCAUCCGUACAACUUCCAUGCGCAAAAAGUUCUCAUGGUCUUCUACGAGAAGAAAAUCGACUUCUUUCCCUAUGUGGUGGACCUGUGCAACGGCGAGCAGUACUCGAAUUGGUUCCUAAACCUCAAUCCCAAGGGCGAUGUGCCAGUGCUCCAGGACGGAGCCUUCGUCAUCCCCAGCUCAACGCACAUCAUCAACUAUGUGGAGAGCAAGUACCGAGGAGCAGCCCAUCGUUCGCUGAAGCCCGCACACAACUCCAAGGAGUUCGACCAGAUGCUGGUCUUCGAGCAAGCCAUUGCCCGCCUGCCAGUGGGAACCCUCAGCCUGGGUUCCUUUAUCCACGACGAUCUGAAGCUGGUGCCCAAGGCGCCCUUCAUAGGACCCGUGCGCCAGUCCUGCCUGAAAAACAACGAAAAGGUUCUGGACCUGCUGCGCCACUCGGUGGACGAUCAGUCCACCAACAAGGCAGCGCUGCAGCACAAGCUGGACAUCCAAGUGCGCCGGCAUGAACUGGCCUCUUCCCGCGAGGACUUCCAGAAAGUUCUAGACGCAGUGCGUCACUUUCUGCUCUACGUAGAGCAGGAGCUGUCCGCCCAAGCGCCGCGCACCGAAUGGCUGACCGGAGACGAGCUCAGCGUGGCUGAUAUCUCGCUGGGCCUGCUGCUGCACCGCCUGUACCAGCUGGGAUUCGAGAAUCACUUCUGGGCCUUCGGGAAACUGCCACAAGUGGAGGCCUACUUCCUGCGCUUCCGGCAGCGCGAGUCCUUCCACCGCCUGCAGCCCAGCAACUUUGCCAUCCUGCGCGAGAUGUGGAUGAAAACGCCGGGCAACUACAAGCUAGGAGCGGGAGCCGGCUUCCUGGGUAUGGCCAUGUUCGCCGCCUUCGCGCACAAGUGAGCGGGGGAUCGCGACUCGAGACUUUGUUAACAAAUCCUUUUACUGUUAAAGUUGGGCACAUAUAAACACACGAACAUAAGAACGCUUAAA